CUUCUCAAGGCAAUGGAGAACGUCACCACAGUGGAUGAGUUUCUUCUGCUGGAACUGACUUCCAAUCAGGAGCUGCAACCGAUCAUCUUCAUGACCCUCUUGGUUGUGUACAUUAUAGAUCUGUUUGGAAAUGGGUCCAUAUUAGUGGUCGUCACCUCAGAGCCAAGACUCUACUCUCCCAUGUAUUUUUUUCUGGGAAAUCUUUCUUGUCUGGAUAUCUGCUAUUCUUCAGUGACACUGCCCAUGCUAAUGGCAAACCUCUUCUCCACUCACAAGGCCAUAUCCUUCCUAGGCUGCAUCAGUCAGCUCCACUUCUUCCACUUUCUGGGCUGCACUGAGGCCCUUUUGCUGGCCGUGAUGGGCUUUGACCGAUUUGUGGCCAUCUGCUACCCGCUUCGCUACACUGUGAUCAUGAACCUCCGGGUGUGUAUUCUCUUGGCAGCUGUGGCCUGGAUCACCAGCUUCUUUUAUGCUCUGAUGCAUUCCGUCAUGACCGCACGCCUGAACUUUUGCCACUCUCUGAAACUCAGCUACUUCUUCUGUGAUGUGAAGCCCCUCUUAGAGUUGGCUUGUGGUGACAUUCGGCUCAAUCGAUGGCUCAUUUUUAUUGUCACGGGCAGCUUAUCUAUGGCAGCGUGUUUUCUCACUCUCCUCUCCUACUUCUACAUCAUCACCUUUCUUCUCCUCAAGCACCGGUCCUGCCACAUGCUCCACAAGGCUCUGUCUACUUGUGCCUCCCAUUUCAUGGUGGUGUCUCUCUUCUAUGGAACUGUGGGGCUCACAUACAUCCCCCCUGCCUCUGCCACAUCUGUAUCGCAGGGACGGUACGUGGCUGUCAUACACACCACUGUGACUUCAGUGCUGAAUCCACUGAUAUACACCCUUAGGAAUAAGGAAGUGAAGUUGGCUCUGAGGAGAGUCUUUGGGAGGAAAUGGAAGCUGUCUGUCUAAAGAAAAUCACUGGCAACACCAGAGGAAAUGAGAACUGUGUGCUCUCUUGAUGACAUGUAUUUUCUCAUCUAGACUAACUUGGAUCCAUUUCUUGAAUUCUGUUUUCAUUUCAGAAAUUUGUGCCACGUGUAGGCGUGGUCUUCACACACACGAUUCCAAUUAUCCUUUAGUCGUUCACGCAGAGUAUUUUUUCAACAGGGAAUGUUCACUUUGCAGUGGAAACGAUCCCUACGUUUAUGACAUGAGGACAUGG